CGAAAAAGUAAAGCGACAUACAGAAACGAUUUGUCUGACUGUUAGUGGUUCCAUAGUACAACCUGGCCAGUAGAAAACUGGAGAUGAGGUUUUUGGCUUUUUGCAUGCCUAAUAAUGCUACUGCAUUUGGGAAGGAGCUGGGAGUUAAUGUGUAAGUGCUGGACAUAUAUCUGUUAAGCGAAACCGAUGAUUACUUAAAAACUGCAGUCAAGAAAUGCCUUGAAAAUUAAAUCAAGCAACUCAUCAUGUCAGUUGCUAAACGGGAAAAUCUUACACUGCCUAACAUCAGCAGCCAUUUUGAUUCUCCAAGUAUUGACCUGCCAUCUAUCCAUAUCGAGAAUGUUAAUGACGAGAACACAACAACGGCAGUUACCACAGCAACAAGUCAGGCAACCACUGACACAGAGACUGAGCAGGAACCGGAAAGAUGUGGAUUUUAUGGGAAGAGUCCUGAUUGGUUACAGGCUUUAGCGAGGCCAAAAUGUUUUCUUGCAUGUAUAUCAGCUGCCGUCCUGACUCAGUCAAUCUUGGUUUCUGGAUACACAAGUAGCAUUAUCACCACCAUUGAACGACGUUAUAACUUGUGGAGUAGUAGAUCUGGAUUGAUCGUCAGUAGCUAUGAAUUCACUAGCAUAAUUGCUGUCGUAUUAGUUGGCCAUUUUGGCGAACAUUUUAAUCGAUCAAGAUGGAUUGGCUAUGGAUUACUCAUCAUGGCUUUUGGAGGGUUUGUUUUCACACUUCCAUUUUUCUUUGGUGGAACAUACAAUUAUGUUGACCAAUCAAAUCAGACAAAUCUGCUUAAUAGGAAUCUAUGUAAUAAUACAUUAAAUCGUGGUGGUGAUUGUGAUAUUGAGGUGACAUCGAUGGACACGUGGGCACUGGCAACAUUCAUGAUUGCACAGAUGAUCAUUGGUCUUGGUGCAUCUCCACUUUACACGCUGGGAUCAACAUAUCUCUAUGACAACUGCAAAAAGAAAUUAUACUCUGUUUAUGCAGGCAUUAUGUAUGCAAUGGCAUCACAUGGUCCUGCAUUGGGGUUUCUACUAGGAGCUGUAUUUCUCUCAUUCUACGUAGAUCCUCAGUCCAAUCCAGGCGAUCUCACAGAAUCUGACCCCAAAUGGGUUGGUGCAUGGUGGGGUGGUACACUAUUCUGUAGCACAUUAGCUGCUGUAUCAGCUUUGCCAUUGUUAUUGUUUCCAAGGAAACUGGAUGUGCAAGAUGAGGAUGGUGCAGAAUGUGAGGCUCCACAGAUGAUAGGCUUUGGGAGCAGUUUGAAAGAAAUUCCUGGAAGGACCAAGAGAAUGUUUAUGAAUGGAACCUGGUUGUUUAUCAGUCUUUGUAUUGUCAUGGAGCAGUCCAUCAUUGCUGGCUUUGUAGUCUUCAUGGCAAAAUACCUUCAAGUUACCUUCUGGAUUCAGGUCUCUCAAGCUAACAUCAUUACAGGUUCUGUAAUAAUCCCAGGAGCCUGUGCUGGCGUGGUAACAGGAGGAUAUGCCCUUAAACGUCUCCGGUUAGAUCUUCUUGGGAUGAUACAGCUGCUGGGUUCUAUCUCAUUUGUCCCUGUCGUCUCGCUGAUUGUCCUAUUCUUCCUUGGAUGUAAUAGUAUACAGCUUGCUGGUGUUACUAUUCCAUAUGAACCACUCAGAACAGUGCAAAAAGUUCAAGAAAUUGUCACAUAUCGUGAGAAUCUCACAUCAAAUUGUAACCAGCUCUGUGAAUGCAGUGAUAUGUACUACCAGCCAGUGUGUGGCACAGACCAGAAAACAUACUUCAGUCCUUGUCAUGCUGGCUGUACUAGUCUACGCACCUACCUUAAUGAUGAGGGUUCUACAGUUAAGAACUACUCUUCGUGUGGCUGUAUUUACAAAGAUAUCAUCCACAAAGAGUCUAUUGCUAGCUCAGGGAGAUGUGACAAUGGCUGCUAUAAUCUUAUACCAUUCCUAGCGAUAUUAUUCAUCAUCAUUUUCAUCACAUGCUGUGGCCAAACUCCCUCCUUGCUGAUCACACUCAGGUCAGUGCCAGAGAAUGAUCGAUCCCUAGCUCUUGGUUUGCAGUUCUUCUUGCUACGAGGCUUGGCAUUCAUCCCAGCUCCCAUAUACUUUGGUAAGUUGUUUGACUCCCAGUGUCUCCUAAGGGAGAAUACCUGUGAUGGGCCUGGAUCAUGUCUUGAAUAUAACACAGACCAACUCCCUUAUGCCACAUUCGGGAUGGCUGUAGCUCUAAAGUUUCUCUCGAUUUCAUGCGUUGGGCUUUGUUAUUUAUGCUGUAGACGUAAAAUGAACAUCACAAAGAAGUUAGCUGUUGAGCAAACUGAUGAUGUCACAGUUAGGACCACACCACCAUUCCAAAGCCAAAGUAAUGACCUUACUUGCAGUAAUAUAGGUGUCACUCCAUCCGAGAGUGUGUGCACUGACAUCACCGCUCUUUCAACAGUUGCUUCCACCCCCUGUGAUAUUCACGUUGAUGGAAAUGCCAUUGGUGAUAGCUGCACUGAUGAUGAUCACCUUGGCAACAGUGCUAAAUACUAAUAUUAAUACCCAUGAUGAAACAGUCAUGGAACAGUGACUGUUGAAACAUAAACAUUAAUAUCAGCUGCUAUGGUGAUAGUUACAUUUAAGUAUGGUGAUUGUAUUCCUGGCAAUAGUAACCAUGAUGAUAUUGAACAAGAUGACAGUAACCAUGGAAAUGGUGAACACAAUAAUAUUGGGGUGUUUUAUCAGCUUACGGGAAGCAGGUGUGAUAUUGAUAGAAAUGCUGAUGAUACACCUUAAGAUGAUUCAGUUGCUAUAGUUACCAUGGAUAAUAUCUUCAUGGAUGGCAAUACAAUAUCAAUUCGUCUGUGAUAACAUUUAUUUUAUAUUUAUAUGACAAGAAAAAGUCAAAAGGAUAUUUUGUCAAUAGGAUAUUAUGUUGAUGGUCAUGGGAGAUUUUCUACACUUAAAAUUUGGCGAUAUUUAAACCAAAUAGUACAGAUGUAAUAUGGAUUUGGAUUUUUCCUUUAAGUCCCUUUAGAUGGGAGACCCCAUAAUCGUGUGAAUGUUGUUUAUGCACCAUACUGUUGAAGAGACAAUCAUGACCACCAUAUUUAUCCCACAUAACAGUAUUUGAGUCACUACUUACAUGUACCAGGUAUAUGUAUGUAUUUUGAACUUAUAUAUUCAUAUUUUGGUGCUCUCGGUUUAAAGGAAUUCGAAGGGAUAGAGACAAGUUGAGAAUUUAAUGUUAAAAAAUUGUCGCAAUUUUAUAAUACAAUGUACAUUGUAAAUGUAUUUUUGCUCUCAUUAGCCAUUGCCAUGUCUUUUUAAUUGAAAGGUCCCAAGUCCAAGAAGUUCUGAAUUUAUUUCAUUGAAUCAGGAUUAAAUUAAAAGAUUUGACAUCUUCUUUUCAAUUUUGAUGAAUACAGAUAUUUUUGUACCUUAAUUCAUCAAUAACUUUCAUAAUUGAUCGUGUUUCUCAAUUAUUUUUCAGAAAAUAAAAUUAAGAUUGUAAGGGAAAUAUUGGUAUGAUUUUUGAG